CGUCAGCAGCGGGAUGGCCGUAGCUGUGGCGGCGGCUGCAGAAGCCCGAGCAGCCGCGGCCGCAGUGGAGGCUGGAGCCCGAGUGGCGUCGGCGGCGGCACCUCGGGGAGUUUAAGAUGGCGGCAGGGGGGGCGGCGGGCCUGCGGGAGGAGCAGCGCUACGGACUGUCGUGCGGGCGGCUGGGGCAGGACAACAUCACCGUACUGCAUGUGAAGCUCACCGAGACGGCGAUCCGGGCGCUCGAGACUUACCAGAGCCACAAGAAUUUAAUUCCUUUUCGACCUUCGAUUCAGUUCCAAGGGCUCCAAGGGCUUGUCAAAAUUCCCAAAAAUGAUCCCCUCAAUGAAGUGCAUAACUUUAACUUCUAUUUGUCAAAUGUGGGCAAAGACAACCCUCAGGGCAGCUUUGACUGCAUUCAGCAAACAUUUUCCAGCUCUGGAGCCUCCCAGCUCAAUUGCCUGGGAUUUAUACAAGAUAAAAUUACAGUGUGUGCAACAAACGACUCGUAUCAGAUGACACGAGAAAGAAUGACCCAGGCAGAGGAGGAAUCCCGCAACCGAAGCACAAAAGUUAUCAAACCCGGUGGACCAUAUGUAGGGAAAAGAGUGCAAAUUCGGAAAGCACCUCAAGCUGUUUCAGAUGCAGUGCCUGAGAGAAAGAGGUCAACCCCCAUGAACCCUGCAAAUACGAUUCGAAAGACACAUGUCAGCAGCAGUGUUUCUCAGCGGCCAUAUAGGGACAGGGUGAUUCACUUACUGGCACUGAAGGCCUAUAAGAAACCUGAGCUGCUUGCUCGACUCCAGAAAGAUGGCGUCAAUCAAAAAGACAAGAACUCACUGGGAGCAAUUCUGCAGCAGGUAGCCAAUCUGAAUCCUAAGGACCUCUCAUAUACCUUAAAGGAUUAUGUUUUUAAAGAGCUUCAAAGAGACUGGCCUGGAUACAGUGAAACAGACAGACGAUCAUUGGAGUCUGUGCUCUCUAGAAAACUUAAUCCAUCUCAGAAUGCUGCCAGUACCAGCCAUUCAGAAUCACCUGUAUGUUCUAGUAGAGAAGCUGCAUCUUCUCCUCAGAAACGACUUUUGGAUUCAGAUUUUAUUGAUCCCUUAAUGAAUAAAAAAGCUCGAAUAUCUCACCUGACAAAUAGAGUACCGCCAACAUUAAAUGGUCAUAUGAAUCCCAUCAGUGAAAAAUCUGCUGCAGGCCUCCCACCGCCCCCUGCAGCUGCUGCCAUCCCCGCCCACCCACCGCUGCCUUCAACUCACCUGCCUAUCUCAAAUCCUCCUCAGACUGUAAAUUCUAACUCCAAUUCCCCUAGCACUCCAGAAGGUGGGGGGACUCAAGACCUACCUGUUGACAGUUUUAGUCAAAAUGGUAGUAUCUGCAAGGACCAGCAAGACAAAUAUACCUCUAGGACUUCUCUGGAAACCUUAACCCCUGGAAACCUACUAAAGUGUCCAAAGCCUAUGGAAGAAAACCAUUCAAUGUCUCACAAAAAGUCCAAAAAGAAGUCUAAAAAACACAAGGAAAAGGACCAAAUAAAAAAGCAUGACUUUGAGACUAUUGAGGAAAACGAGGAGGACCUUAACAGAGAAGAGGAAAUUGCCAAGCUGAAUAACUCCAGUCCAAAUUCCAAUGAAGGAGUUAAAGAGGGCUGCACUGCCUCCACGGAGCCUUCAACAAUUGAACUCCCAGAUUAUUUGAUAAAAUACAUCGCUAUCGUCUCCUAUGAGCAACGCCAGAAUUACAAGGAUGACUUCAAUGCUGAGUAUGAUGAGUACAGGGCUUUGCAUGCCAGAAUGGAGACUGUAGCCAGAAGAUUUAUCAAACUGGACGCGCAACGAAAGCGCCUUCCUCCAGGCUCAAAAGAGUAUCAGAAUGUUCAUGAAGAAGUCUUACAAGAAUAUCAGAAGAUCAAGCAGUCUAGUCCCAAUUACCAUGAAGAAAAAUACAGAUGCGAGUAUCUUCAUAACAAGCUGGCUCACAUCAAAAGACUAAUAGGCCAUUCCUGUCAGCAAGUGCAAAUCACUUCCCCCUCUGCAUGAUCUGAGGUGCCCUCUCAGUUAUUUCACUGCCAACUCUUAUUUCAGAACCUGUUUACAAACAAGCCUUCCAGUUGGAGCUCCUACCCACCUACAUCAGCACAUCUUCUGGUUUACAAGUUGGGUAACAAUGGAAGCUGGAGAUGCUUUAUGGAAAUCCAGCAUUGCACACCCAUAGACUUGACCACAUACCAGUAAAAGCCUUAAUUUAGAUGUUUGUUGUAUACAUUGGACAGAUCCUUGCAAAAUGUGUAUCUAUCAGUUUCAAGUUUGAGAGUUGUAAAUCUCUGAAUCUGCUAUUACCCUGGGUUGCAUCCCCUUUGAAGAUGGGCAUGAGCCAGUUAAAAUAUUUCUAAUCAUUUUUCAUCUCCUACUGCAAGAUUUCAAGACUCUUAACAAAUGAUUGUUGCAGGAAUGGGUGGCCACUUAGUACAGAUUACUCUGGUGAAAGAAUUUAUUUAGUUGUUUGGUUGGUUGGUUUGGUUUGGUUUUUUUGGAGGAAUAGUAAGUGUAAAACAGCAUUGUCAACAUUAGAGAAUGAGUCGUGGUGGUAUUUUUCCAUCACAUUUCAUCUACAGUAAUUUGAAGGACCAACACCCAUAAAUCAACGGCAGAUUGAAUGAGCAGCUGAUUUAAAGCAAACCAAAAUAACAUUAACUAGAUGUGUUCUUUUUUUUAAUGUGGGGAUUUCUUCUCCUGUCUCGUUGAUUUCCCGUGGAACACUUUAUAGGAGUUAACUUUCAACUCUUUAAGUAGUAAGAGAUAUUCCAUACUUGCUCUCACAAAAGUAAUUAUUGUGGUCAGUUUAUAUCAUUGUUCCAUGCGUUGAUUAUAAAAAUUCAGUAUUAAUUUUCUUUCCUCUCUGAUCUUAUACCCUUUAUAGGAAUUUUCUUUUCCCUUAAAGUAUUUCACCUUAUUAUGUAAUACAAAUGCAUAUUUGCGUAUUGGAAGCAAGAUGUUGAGAUGUGGUUUAAACAAAAAUGAUCCAUCACUUCAGACACUCUGCUUGGGUGCCUUACUCUUUCCAUCAGUGCACUUUGCUUCUGGAACCUGGUUGAAACUCUCUAACCAGUUCAUUGUCUUUCCUGCAGUGUGAGUGUCAAGUUACGUAUGUAUGCUUGGAAUAUGCCUUUACUACUUUUAAAGUUCUUAACAGUUUAUUACUUGCCCAAGUGUUACUAAAUCCUUUUCUUACGUGUACUGGAUGGGGAAAAAAUUAUAGCCAGCACUUUGAGAGGAAUGUUUUGGGGAAGGAUAUUAACUGACAUUACUAAAUGAAGGCCACAGAAGAUGUUAUCAAUGUUCUUUGUAACCUGAAAAUUGAACAAGGCUGUGAGGCUCAUUUCAAACUACUUUCAAGUGUUAAAAAUAUAUCUAUGCUGUUUCUCAGUUGUUCUACCCAAACCACGUUAGGACUCUCAAAGGUAAAAUGUCAGGGGCUUUUCAGUUGUUACUGAGCUCCACAGCUGUGAUGGCCCCUGCUGUUCUACAUCAAUUUCAGUUCAAUAAAAAUGUUAACUUUACAA